AUGGAUUUUUCAGACUACGAAAGUAUUAUAGACAAUAAUUAUAAUAUAAAUCCUAACAACAAUGAAGUAUGCUUAUUUUCAAUAAAAGAUGAAGAUCACAAAAUGUUAACUUUAUUAAAAAUCGCACUUGAAAAAAAGGAAUUUUCAGAAAGAGUUUUUAAUUUAACCAAAUGCAUUAUUGACUUCAAUUCACAACAUUAUACUGCUUGGCAUGUAAGAAAGAAAUGUAUAGAAACAAUGGUCAAAGAACUAAGUAAAGAACCUGUAGAUAUUUCUAGUCUCCUGAAAAAUGAGAUGAGCUAUGUUCAUGCAAUUACAUAUGAUAAUCCAAAGUGUUAUCAGUUAUGGUGGUAUAGAAGGUAUAUUUUGAAGUUAAUUGGAAAUGAUAAUGAAGAUCUAGUAUAUGUAUCUUGCUCAAUUCAACAAGAUGCAAAGAAUAUGUCAGCGUGGGCACAUAGGGUAUGGUUAAUAAAACAAUUUUUUAAAGAUAAUUUAGAUAUAUAUACGACUGAGAUAAAUUUCACUUCUUCAUUGAUUAGAGAUGAUUGCAGAAAUAAUAGUGUGUGGUGUUAUAGACACUUUAUUUUCAGGUUGUUACUUAGUGAUGAAACUAGAAAGUUAGAUUUUGAAGAAAUUAUAUCAGAAGAAUUGGAAUUUAUUAUUUAUUGGCUAGAAAGAGUACCUCAUAAUGAAGCAUUAUGGAAUUAUAUAAGAGUUAUAUUCAAUAAUCCACAAGUAGGUCAAGAAUUCGAAUCAAAGACAGAAUAUAUGAAUCUCAAGACAAUUCCUUCAUUUUUUGAAGAGGCUGUCAAUCAUAUUUAUGAAAAAUAUAAAGUCACUUGUCAUCAAGCCUCUUAUUUCAUUACAUGUUUAUCAUAUGCCCGUGGUAAUAUUUGCAAAGUCCAAGAUUGCCUGAAGGCACUUGAAAUAUCUGAUCCCAUUCGAAGAUAUUUCUGGAAUUGGAAACUUUGCAAUAUUGUAGAUAGAAAAAUAAAUUUAUAA